CAAGGAAAUGAAAGUGUGCAAAGCCUCCUGCAGCAAAACAUGCCUGGAGGAUAAAAGCACAGAGCCCAGAGCACCUCACACACACACAUUCUCAACACUAACUCAGUCACUCAACACAAACACUCCCAACUCUCUGCCAAGCCCGCCAUGGCCGCCUCCACCAUGUCUGUCUGCUCUGAUGCUCUCACCAACUCCUCCUGGCAGGUGGAUGACUGCCCAGAGAGCUGCUGUGAGCCCUGCUGCUGUGCCCCCAGCUGCUGCCAGACCAGCUGCUGCCAGACCAGCUGCUGUGCCCCAGGCCCCUGUCUGACCCUCCUCUGCACCCCAGUGAGCUGUGUAUCCAGCCCCUGCUGCCAAUCUUCCUGCUGCACACCCUCAUGCUGCCAGCAGUCUAGUUGCCAGCCAGCUUGCUGCACCUGCUCCCCCUGCCAGCCAUCCUGCUGUGUGACCCUUUGCUGCAAGCCUGUCUGCUGCACACCCAUCUGCUCUGGACCAUGCUGCCAGCAGUCUAGCUGCCAAUCCUCAUGCUGUCAAUCCCCCUGCUGUGUGCCUGUCUGCUGCAAGCCUGUCUGCUGCACACCCAUCUGCUCUGGCUCCUCCUGCUGCCAGCCUUCCUGCUGUGCUCCUGUGUGCUGCAAGCCCUGCUCCAGCCUGUCCCUGCUGUGUCGCCCAGUGUGCAGACCUGCCUGCUGUGUGCCCACCUCCUCCUGUUGUGCCUCCUCCUGCCAGCCCAGCUGCUGUGGCCCAACCUCCAGUGUGUCCCUGCUCUGCCGCCCUGCCUGCUCCAGACAGGCCUGCUGUGGACAGAAGUCCAGUUGCUGAGGGCCAGGACCCACUAAGGCAGUAGGGCACAGAACUACAAGUCCAAAAGCCUGUAGUUGCUACUCCUGUAGGAACUGCUCAGAAGAAAGAUGUAUACAGUCUUAGGGAAUCUGGACCAUAGCUUGACCCCUUAGAAGGCUCAGCAGGUUCCUCCUCCACCAGGUCCCAGGAGAGCUGGCUUCCUCUUCCCUCCCUGUCUGGAUGACCCUGCAUCUGUGGUCAGCUGUACCACUCUAGACCCAUGCUCAUCAAUAAAACUUCU